CGGUGUCAUGGCGCUAAAAUCCGGUGGAGAACACAAACUUGGGAGUCCGCCUUGGAUAGUACUGGCUGCCACCUUAGUGGAAAAGACCCUGGGAGAUAUUUAAGCCACGCAAUGGAAGCAGUGACCUUUGAAGAUGUGUCUGUGAACUUCACCAUGGAGGAGUGGGCUUUGCUGAAUCCAUCCCAAAAGAAGCUCUACAGAGAUGUGAUGGGGGAAACCUUUAGGAACAUGGCUACUAUAGAAAGAACAUGGGAUAAUCAGGAGGCUGAAGAAGACUACAGAAAUUACUGGAGAAAUCUAAGAAAUGAAGAAGUGGAGAAAUGCUAUCAGUAUAAAGCUUGGAAUCAAUACAAAGAAACGUUCCUUUGUACUCCAGUUGCCAAUGUGCAUGGGAAACAAGCUGCUUCAACACCAGCUGAAAGCCUUGCUUGUAGUGAGGCUCUGAUUGGUCAUUUGUCCCAAAAUGUGCCCACCACAGCUCUCACUACACUGAAGCCAUAUAAAUACUUGAGACACAAAGAGAAUUUGUAUAAAAGUGAUCAACAUGAAAGAAAUUGCGGUGAUAUCCAGUCCUUUCAGAAUCAUGCAAGGACAAAGGCUGGAGAGAAACCCUGUGAACAUCGUCAAGGUGGGAAAUCCUACUCUGAUCUUAGUGAAAGAACUCAUCUUAGAGAGAAGGCCUUUGUAUGUAAGAAAAAUUUAAAAGCUGCCAGCACAGACACUGAUGAUCAGAUCCAAGAAAGAAAUAAGAGUGGGAGAAAGCCCUAUGUAUGUAAACAAUGUGGGAAAGCUUUCAGAACAUACAAAUAUGUUCAGAUCCAUGAAAGAUAUCACAGUGAAGGGAAACCCUACGUCUGUAAGCAAUGUGGGAAAGCUUUCAGCACAUAUGGAUAUGUUCAAAUACAUGAAAGAGUUCACACUGGGGAAAAACCCUAUGUCUGUAAGCAAUGUGGUAAAGCUUUCAGCACAAAAAGUGCUUGCCAAAGACAUGAGAAAUUUCACAGUGGGGAGAAACCAUAUGUGUGUAAGCAAUGUGGGAAAGCUUUCACCACACAUACAUAUUGUCAGAGACAUGAAAGAGUUCACAAUGGAGACAAACCCUUUGUAUGUAAGCAAUGUGGGAAAGGUUUCAACACAAAAAGUGCUUGUAGAACACAUGAAAUAUUGCACAGUGGGGAGAAACCUUAUGUAUGUAAGCAAUGUGGGAAAGCUUUCAGCUCAUAUGGUACUUGCAAAACACAUGAAAGAUUUCACACUGGGGAGAAACCCUAUGUAUGUAAGCAAUGUGGGAAAGCUUUCAGCACAAGCAGUCAUUGUCGAACACAUGGAAGAGUUCACACUGGGGAGAAACCCUAUGAAUGUGUGCAGUGCAGGAAAGCUUUCAGCACACGUAGUGCUUGUCACAGACAUGAAAAAACUCACAGUGGGGAGAAACCCUAUGUAUGUAAGCAAUGUGGGAAAGCUUUUACCACACAGAGAUGUUGUGAAAGACAUGAAAGGUUGCAUAGUGAGAAGAAACCUUUUGUAUGUAAGCAAUGUGGGAACACUUUUAGCACAAAAAGUGCUUGUCAAGCACAUGAAAGAAUUCACACCGGGGAGAAACCCUAUGUAUGUAAGCAUUGUGGGAAAGCUUUCAGCUCAUAUGGUUCUUGCAAAACACAUGAAAGAUUUCACACUGGGGAGAAACCCUAUGUAUGUAAGCAAUGUGGGAAAGCUUUUAGCACAAGCAGUCAUUGUCGAACACACGAAAGAGUUCACACUGGGGAGAAACCUUAUGAAUGUAUGCAGUGCAGGAAAGCUUUCAGCACACGUAGUGCUUGUCAAAGACAUGAAAGAACUCACACUGGGGAGAAACCCUAUGUAUGUAAGCAAUGUGGGAAAGCUUUCACCACACACAUGUAUUCUCAGAUACAUGAAAGAGUUCACAGUGGGGACAAACCCUAUGUAUGUAAGCAAUGUGGUAAAGCUUUUAGCACAAAAAGUGCUUAUCGAACACAUGAAAGAGUUCACACUGGGGAGAAACCUUAUGUAUGUAAGCAAUGUGGGAAAGCUUUCAGCACAAGCAGUCAUAUUAGAACACAUGAAAGGAUUCACAAUGGGGAGAAGCCCUAUGAAUGUAAGCAGUGUGGGAAAGUGUUCAGCACAGGUAGUGCUUGUCACAGACAUGAAACAACUCAUACAAUGGGGGAAAGCUUUCAGCAGAAGCAGUUGCCAAAAACAGCUCACAUUAAGGUGAAACCCUCUGUAUAUAAGUAAUGUCGGUAAGCUCUCCUCACACAUGGUGAUUGUCAAAAACAUGAAAGCACUCUUCCUGGGUUUUGACUAUGCAUAUGUAAGUUAUGUGAAAAUUUUCAGAACACAUGAUUGUCAAAUAUAUGAAAAACUCCCUGGGGAGAAACCAUGAAUAUAUAAGUAAUGUAGGAUAUGUGUCAGUUUACACAGAUUGUUAAUUUCAUGAGAGAAGUCUCCCUGGAUAGAUGCUCUGUAUAUGUGAGCCCAUUUUUAAAAUCCUGUCCAAAAUUCUCCUAUAGUAGAGAUCUAUAGAAAUAAUACAAACAAAUUUAUUCUAUUUGCACUGGAAUAUGACGGCAAAUUCUUUUUUUU